AUGGGUCCUCUCACAAUUCGUAAGGAAACAAUGUGGUCAGACUUGCCUGAACAUUUGACGGAGAGAAUACUGGAAUGCCUUCCAGUGGACUGCUUCUUCCGUUUCAGGGCUGUUUGCAAGACCUGGAAUACUCUCUUCUCAUCCCAACAUUUCAAUUCCAUAGCUAGAAAUAGCCAGCCAUUUCUCAUUCUUUGCCCCUCCGAGGGAUCUGCUUCUGGGCUGCUCUUGGCAGAUAUCAACGCCAAUUUCUUAUUUGGCUAUAAUUCUCCAACGCUCUGUGUUUGCAAUCCCCUUACCCAAACGUACUCGAUGCUACCAGAAAUGGUCUCUGUGAGUAGAAUUACGGCUAAGACUAUUUUACCAGCGGGGAAUAAGAUGGAAGAAUAUACAGUCAUGGUGGUGGGCAUGAGCAGCACUGGUACAGUUCUAAUAGAAGCAUAUAAUUCGACUAGCAAGGCAUGGAAAGUUGCAGGUACCUUUCCUGAUGUGGUUUUAAGGAGUGAAAAUAUGUUAUUUUUCAAGGGCAUGAUUGCCAGCGGGGGCAUAAUGGCCUACAAUAUUAAACAGGGGAUCAUUUCUAUCAUGGGUAUGCCCACAGCAGAGGCCAACAAUUCACGGGCUCGGCUUGUUUCUUGUAAGCGUGGCGUGUUUGUGGUUGGGGCAAUCGAAAAAAAUCACUGUUUGAAAGGUGUAAUUGUGUGGGAGCUAGUUUUUCAGAAGAAAGAGAAGCGGGAUUAUAAGUGGAAAGAGGUUGGGAAGAUGCCGAGUAGUGUGUUUGAGGAAUUUAGGAGAAGUUCGAAUUCAAAUUGGUUUGAAUGCGUGGGAGUGGGAGAUAAGAUCUGUUUCAGAGCCAAGGAAAGCAUCGAGAUACUUGUACAUGAUUUGAGUACAAGCUCUUGGAAUUGGCUGCCAAAGUUUCCAGCAGAUUUGAGAUAUGUGAGUAUGAGAUGCCUUCCGCUGGAAAUUAUGCCCACUACUAGAUUCUCUUAA